AUGCCGCCUUGUGACAGCAUCCCCUCUCAGAGCGCCAGGCAUCAAGCAUGCUUAGCCCGUCUGCAGCAACACGCGGCGGAGGAAGCCGAGCAGGAUUUGGAGGAGCGCGCCGCGCUGGACAAGGAGAUCGAGGAGCUGAACCAGCGCCUUCUCACGAAGGAAAGUGCUUCGGACAUCCUCGAGAAGAUGCAGCAGGAGCAGACGAGGAAGAUGGAAGAGUUCCGAACGCACGUCACCGAGAACAUGGCGAAGCAGUUCGCCGAUAUCCAGGAGGAGUCGCAGCAGCAGAUAGCAGGCCUGAAGGAGGUCAUCGAAGCCAAGGCCAAAGAAGGCGUGAAGCUCCUCGAGCAGCAGCACUCCGAGAGCCGCGAGGCUCGCUGCAGCGUGCUGGAGGCCGAGAUCCGGUCAACAGAACUCGUCAGUAGAGCUGCGCAGGAGGAGGUGGCCGAGCUGCGAGUCCGAUUGGCAGCCGCCCAGCAGAAGGCCGACACCUUGCAGGAGCUCCAAUCCGACAUUGCGAAGCAACGCUCGGACUUGGAAGGAGAGAAGCAGCAGCUCAAGCAGCAGGCAGAGGAGCAAGCGCAGCGUCUUGCUCAGCUUGAGCGGGAGAUGGAUCGCUUUCGGGUGGAGGCCGAUGUCCGCAAGGAGGAAAAGCUGCGAUUGGAGGCGGAGCGUGCCGCCGACACCACCGCAGCAGACCAGGAGCGCCGCACCUGGCAGGAGCGCGAGGCCGAGCUGCAGGCCACCAUUGCGGCCUUGAGGACGGAGCAGGAGAUGGAGGAGAAGUCUCUGCAGGAUCUCGGUCACAAGGACCAGGACUGCCGGAACGAGAUCGUAGCUUUGGAGCGCCGUGCGGAAGAACUCGAGGCGAGCGUGGAAAAGGUACAAAAAGACAUGCAGCUCGUGGAGGACCAGAAGGCAUACCUGGAUCUUGACAUCCAGAGCUUUCGGGACGCGCAGGCGAACCUGCAGGCAGAUACGGUGAGCCAAGUCGAUCAUCUCGAGGCAAAGCUGAAAGCCUCCAAGAAAAAGCAGAGGGACCUGGAGGAGAUGCUAAACGAGACGUAUGCCUUUCUUGCUGCGGACAGCAAGCGACGGUCUCGAAGACAGAGUAAGGUGUCGCGCUGA